GGCUCCUUUCUAAUUGGCUGCCUGAGAGCUUCCUUGGGGUUCAGGCACCCGGAGGGCGCCACAGCGGCCGUUCUAGCUGUCGUCUCAUGCUUUGGCCUCGCUCUUUCGGCUGCGAGCCUCUAUGGCACUGGCGACGACAUGUGGCGCCUCCCGGGACUCCUGGGCCGAGCUCUUCCCCGUCUGCUAGGACCUGGUUUCCGGGGAGUGACCUCCAAAACCACCAGCCUAGAUGGGCCUCAGGCUGCCUCCUCUACUCCGCUGGUCCAAGUGCCAAGCUUUGACAGGUCAGGCCCCCAUGGUCCAGGCACAAGCAGGGGCCCAAGAUCCCAUGGAUGGAAGGAUGCCUUUCAGUGGAUGUCUGGCCGUGUCUCCCCAAAUACCUUGUGGGAUGCCAUAUCGUGGGGCACUCUGGCUGUGCUGGCCCUGCAGCUGGCAAGGCAGAUCCACUUCCAGGCAUCCCUGCCAGCAGGACCUCGGCGAGCGAAGCGCGGCUCUUGGCGCAGUCCCCUGGACUGUUUCCUGUCAUCUCCCUUGUGGCGUCCGAGGCCCUUGCUGCGGAGCUACAUUUUCCCCAGUCAUGACAGCCCAACUCCCAGGCUCACUGGUCUCAGGGACCCCAGGCUGAGCCAGGAAGAACCGUGCACUCAACCCAAGAGCCACUCCUCACACAGCUCCUUGAGAGUAGCUGGUCUUCAGGAUCUUUCUGAAGAAGCCAUUUCCCUUGCAGAUCUGAGUGAUAGCAGCUUCUUGCAUGCCAGCAGUAGCUUCACCUCCAAGGCAAAACCAGUCCAGCCUCAGCCCGCUAGUGAAAAGCAGGAACAAGAUAAAUCAAAAACGCUUUCCCUUGAAGAGGCUGUGACUUCCAUUCAGCAGCUGCUCCAGCUCAGUGUCUCCAUCGCUUUCAACUUCCUAGGGACAGAGAACAUGAGGAAUGGGGACUACGCGGCAGCCUUUUCCUACUUCCAGAAAGCAGCAGAGCACGGCUACAGCAAAGCACAGUACAAUGUGGGCUUGUGUCAUGAACAUGGCAGAGGCACCCCCAGGGACCUCGUCAAGGCAGCCCUUUGUUACCAGUUGGCUGCCAGCCAGGGCCACAGCCUGGCUCAGUACCGCUAUGCCAGGUACUUGCUGCAAGACCCAGCCUCCUCUUGGGACUCUGAGCGGCAGAGGGCAGUGUCCAUGCUGAAUCAGGCUGCAGACUCAGGCCUGAGAGAGGCCCAAGCUUUCCUCGGGGUGCUUUUCACCAAGGAGCCGUACCUGGAUGAGCGGAGAGCUGUGAAGUAUCUUUGGCUUGCAGCCAACAAUGGGGACUCUCAGAGCAGGUACCACCUGGGGAUUUGCUAUGAGAAGGGUCUCGGUGUGCAGAGGAGUCUCGGAGAGGCUGUCAGAUGUUACCAGCAGUCAGCGGCUCUGGGGAAUGAGCCCGCCCGGGAGAGGCUGCAGACCCUCUUUUCCACGGAGGCAGCAGCCCCGGGGCCCAGCGACCGGACAGUUACAGGAUUGAAAUCCUUCUCCAGCCCCUCCCUGUGCAGCCUGAACACCCUGUUGGCAGGAGCCUCAAGCCUCCCACAUGCCUCGAGCACAGGGAGCCUUGGCCUCUGUAGAAGUGGGAGGAGUCUUGGAGCCAGCCCCGGAGCCCCAAGCAGGACUGCCCCUCCACACCUCUUGGAAAGGAAUCUCGUCAGACUGGGUUUUGGCUAAGACCUCACUUCAGCUGUAAAGGUGGAGCCUGUGGGCUCAGAGAUUCCACAACUUAAGUCCCAAAGAAGAGGCCAGUUAUCCACCCACCUUCCCAAAGAACCUUAAGUACCUGCCCCAGCACUUAAAAGAAGAAGGAAGUGUGUGAAGACCUAGGUUCUGGCCAUGUCGCCCUCCUGGCCAUGUCACCUUGAAGCAGUGAGUAACCUGUCUCGCUGCAUCAUUUCCUCAAUUGUCAACCAAGGGCAGUGGUGUUUGCCUUCCUACCCUGCAGGGCUGCUGUGGGGCAUUUCAUUGCGGAAAGGACCUUGAUGCUCGCAUAGACCUGAGGAGACAGUGAAUGCCCGUGGUUACAUGGCUUUUUGAGUCACCAGGCCAGGAGAGGACCCAGGCCUCCUGACUCCUGGCCCAAGGCUCUUUUGCAUCGUUCACACCGUAUUUUUGUGCGAAAGUGUUUUUAUCAUCCUGCUGCUGUGAGGGAGUGAAUGCAGAUCGAGCACCUGGACUCUUGGAGCCGGAGAGUGUAGAUUUUGAGAUCUUCAUUUGUGAAGAGUGUGUCAGAGAUGGAUAGGAGCUUAAUAAAACAGAUAUGGGAUUAUCUCAUCA